GCUCGUCUUACGGUCAUGGACCAACCAAGAAAGAAAGGCGGAUUUUUCCGAAAGGCGAAGAGCACAUCUCGAAGAAGCUCAAGAACAGCGCAGGACCAGAAAGACGAAGACGAUCAAGUGCCGCCAAACACGCAGGCGCUUACUUCAAGACGCUUGGUAAAAAUGGCUAGCACUACGCUUCCUUUUGGGAGACCAGUACUGAAGAAAUCAGCAUCAACUCGUCCACGUCGUCGACACCACUCAACCAUACCACCAGUACGAAGAAACUUAUAUGAGAAACACCAGGAGAAACACGAGUCGGACUCUUCGAGUCACUCUGUUCAGGAGACCUCGGGCAGUAAACUCAAAAUAAUCGAGAAAACUAGGCAGAAGGCAAAAUCCGUGAAGAAACCUGAAGAAGAAGCUAGCUGGAUUCAUCAGUUGGAUGAGAAUGCUACUCCAGAGACGGCAGAAGAUAACACAGAUGUUUUACGUACUGCUUCUAGUGUGGGCACAUACGAACACAAUAUUAGUUUACUGUUGAAAGGAUUUGCGAGCAUGUGCGGUACUUUAACUGUUGAUAUGUUGAAAUACCAAUUCUAUACUUUACCGCAACCGGAUGCUAUGGAAUGUGUGGUGUUCGGAGAUCCUUCCAAUGCUCAUAAAAACAGAUAUAAAAAUAUACCAUGUCUGGAUGUUUCGCGGAUUCUCUUAGAGUUUUUAUUAUUUGAAGGAGGUGGAGGUUAUAUUCAUGCAAAUCGGGUUACUUAUCCAUUACUGCGGAACCAGUUCAUCUUGACUCAGGGACCGCUUCCUCAGACAAUACCAGAAUUUUGGCGGAUGGUAUGGCAAGAGCAAGUCGCAACUAUCAUUAUGUUGUGUAAGAAUGUUGAAAAUGGGAAACGAAGAUGCGCUGAAUAUUUCCCAAAUCAGAUCGAUUUUCCUGUUUCUUUUGUCAAUGGACAGCUCACAGUCAUCUUGAGGUCGCGGUAUCUCGAGGGUGACAUGGUAGUCUCAACGAUUGAAUUAAAAUACUUGAAUGAUAGUAGAACAAUAAUUCACUACCAUUGGGUAGCAUGGCCGGACUUUCAGGCACCAGCCGAUAACGCUCGCUCUCUAUUCACUAUGCUGAGAAGAGUGCGUGGAAGUAAAACGCCAGUAGUGGUCCACUGUUCGGCUGGAGUCGGUAGAAGUGGCACUAUGGUAGCGCUUGAGAUGUGUUUGAUGACCAUAGCGAAUAUUAGGACGAUCGACAUUCAAUCAAUUGUGACACACCUUCGACGAUGUCGUGCGCUGGCCGUUCAAACAUUGGAACAGUACUUGUCACUCUACAAAUUAGUCCUCCAAUUCGGUGAACAGAAUGGAUGCCUAACAAGUGAGGACGUUAGCAGCUUCUAUCGAGUCUUACAAGCCGCCCAGUUCUGAAACCCUAGUAUCGACUUCGCAAAAUAAUCUAUGUUCAAAUCAAAGUGCUACUUAAAUUAAGAAAUUUUUGUAACAGUUGACUGCUAAGACUACUUACAAAUAAUGAUUAUAGUGUUAUGCAAAGCAGUCUGUUAAUAUACUGGCACUUCUACUCGUCAUGAAAAAUAAAUUAUUAAUGAUGUU